GGAUUGUAUACCUGUAUAAAAGCACAUGGUAUAUCAUAUUAACGGUAACAUUCAUAUCACGCUUAUCUUGAUAACAGUACGCUUGGCUUUAAUUGAUCAAAAUGAAAUUGAGUUUUUUGAUAUCGGCCACUCUGUUAUGCAUGACGUUGAUUGCUGGUGUUGCAGCUACUGGAAAACGCCGAAAAAUUAUAAUUCAUGUUCCGGUAAAAGUUAAGCAACAAAAGCAUACACAUACUGAGCUAAAGACUGUCCACCAUCAUCAUAAACCCACCGUAAUAAAGGAAGAAAAAAUUAUUAAAAAAGAAAUACAUAAACCUGUAGUUAUAAAAGAAGAAGUUGAACAUGAACACUUCCACCAUCAUUACAAACAUGAACAUCCUACUUUUGAAGUCGACGGUCACGAAUCAACCGACUCGGGUAACAGUUUUGGAGAAUUGAAAUUCAAAUAAAGAAUGAAAUAAGAGAGUUAACAUUAUGUGUAAUAUAAAUGCCUACUUAGUAUUUGAAAAUGAAAUCGAAAAGUUUAAUAAAAAAUUGUAGAAAUUAUAAAAUUCUGUUAAAAUAAAAAAAAAACU